CUGGGCGUUGUGGCGGGCGCCUCAGCGGGAGGCUGAGGCAAGAGAAUCACGUAAGCCCAAGAGCUGGAGGUUGCUGUGAGCCGUGUGAUGCCACAGCACUCUACCGAGGGCAGUAAAAGUGAGACUCUGUCUCUACAAAAAAAAAGAAAACUUGACUCACAAUGGCUCCCUGUGGCCCACAGCCAAACACUAUUAGCUCCGUCUGGCUCAGCGGCUCAGACUAGGGCCCUAGACAAUGGCCAAAGUUCUCCGCACUCCGGCUCAGGCUCUCCCCAAGGCAGUUCAACUGAGUGCCAAGUCCAAAGACACCAAAAUAGUUCACAGAAAUGUAGACAACCAGUUUCCUGAGCAAGCUAUUCCAGCAGGAUUUCCAGCAUAUCCUGCUUUUAGCCCGCUGCAGAUGCUGUGGUGGCAACAGAUGUAUGCUCAUCAGUAUUACAUGCAAUAUCAAGCUGCAGUUUCAGCUCAGGCCACAUCCAAUGCCAACUCAGGCCAGCCUACUGCUUCACAGCCUCUUAAUUUGGCACAUGUUCCUGGAGAAGAGCCCCCACCAGCUCCAAACCUUGUGGCCCGAGAAAACCAACCUGUGAAUGAGAAUGUUCAAAUGAAUGCACAGGGAGGUCCAGUGCUAAAUGAAGAAGACUUCAAUCGAGACUGGCACCAAGAUGGAUGGUUUCCUUUUCAGCAAGAAGGAGGUCAGCAACAGGCUUCCAACAAUAAUGCCAGAAUUAACAAUGAUGGACAAAACGCAAACAAUGUAGAACUUGAAGAAAUGGAGCGUCUUAUGGAUGAUGGGCUGGAAGAUGAGAGUGGAGAAGAUGCAAGUGAAGAUGCCAGUGCAAUUCAAAGGCCUGGAUUAAUGGCUUCAGCUUGGUCUUUCAUCACCACCUUCUUCACUAUACCAGAGGGGCCUCCCCAGGUUGCCAAUUAGACCUCAAAAACUGUGCCAGCUAUAAAGAAGGGUCUGACUUUAGGAAAAUGGUUUUAAGUAAGUACAAUUUCAAAAA